GGCUGGGCGUCGCACUGCCUCUCUCUCUCUGCUUAACAAACACACGUUACAGUAAACUCCUGCCUUCAAACGCACACCAGUCAAAUAUGCCUGCAGAUUACAAUGGACGUUGGGAGAUGGUGAGCAAUGACAACUUUGAGGACGUCAUGAAAGCCCUCGACAUUGACUUUGCCACCAGGAAGAUCGCCGUCCACCUGCAUCAGACGAAAGUGAUAGUCCAGAAUGGAGACAAGUUUGAAACGAAGACCCUCAGCACCUUCCGAAACUACGAAGUCAACUUCACCGUGGGUGAGGAGUUUGAGGAGUACACAAAGGGACUGGACAGCCGAAAGGUCAAGACACUAGUUACCUGGGAUGGGGAUAAGCUGGUGUGUGUUCAGAAGGGAGAGAAAGAAAAUCGUGGCUGGAGACACUGGAUUGAGGGAGACCUACUACACCUGGAAAUCCACGUUCUCGACAAAAUCUGCCACCAAGUAUUUAAGAAGGCGAAAUAACAUGGGAAUGAAGUUCAACUGCACAAAACCGUCUGCUGUGUCUUUUUUUAAAUGUGAUUAUGGAGAGCUGCAAUAAACUGAUGUCACACAACUUUUCUAAUUUACUGUGAUUUUGAUAUGAUAUAUUUUGUUUAUUAAAUGCAUACAAAAAGUGAAGUCCAACCUUGCUCAUAAAUCCAGCACUGGAUUAAAAAGUACAGGCUUUUAAACACAUAAAGAGUGUAUGUUUUAUACAUUAAAAUUAACUUUUAUAAUUAAAGGUUUCUCUGAUAUGUAAGUAAUGUAUGUAAUAAUGUCUGAUGUCUAAACUAUAAACAGAGAAAUACUAAUUAUACACGCCAGAAUGAAUAAAGGAAUGCGUCAGAAAAUAACGUUCAUCUGUUCUUCUGUCAGACAAACGUAAAUAAAAGACCAAAAUAAUAA